AUGAACAGCGCCUCCGCAAGCAACGCCGUUCGAAUGAUGCUCCAAGCUGAGGUGUCUGCGGAAUGCAGCUUGGGCAUUCUGAAGCUGAUGCGUGGACUCAGAAACCUUGAGCCUUGGGCUUUGAGACUGCUUGAUGCGUCAGGGAUGUACCCGAAUGGUCUGUUGCAAGCCACGACGGCCGAUCCGGGAGCAUUCGACGAGUGCAUCGAGACCGUCUUCCGGGACCAGUACGGCAUUGAGAAAGUGCGCGGCCAGUACUGCAAUUUCCACGUAAGGAUGGGGGACGACAGGUCAAUCAUCGAAGAGAUAAUGCCCGCCGCUCUGCUUUCCCACUGGAGGAUGCAAUACUUCACAAGCUACCUGACGGACCCUCGGCUACCCGGAUUACGGCUUGGGAUUUGCAUGAUCAGCGACUGUACCCAAGACGAUCUUCAAUCCAUCGUAGACAGCCUGACUGGGACCGUUGUGAAAAUCACCGUAAAGAACUGCGUGACAAACCUGUAUCGAGGCAUGAAUACCACAGAAGCCGCCAUUACAGUUGCACUGGGCACAAUCGCUAUAUUAAUUGUGAUCAGCACCGCCACCGACCUGUACAUUUCUCGCAAGGAUACACCCCGUCUAAGUACUGUGCUGAUGAAAUCCCUAACGUCAUUCUCCAUCAUCAAAAACACGAAGCUCAUUUUGGCCGUGAACAAGAACAAGAGCUCGGAGACGUAUCAGUACCGAUUCAUUCACGGCAUUAAGUUUCUCAGCAUGGUCUGGAUAGUCCUUGGCCAUUCGUACGGGAUCGUCACCGACAAUAUGUCACGAAUGGUUAACGCCCUUCAUUACUUUGAGCACUGGUACACAUUAAUCGUGACGGCAGGAUAUCUGGGGGUGGAUAUCUUUUUCUUCUUCAGUGGGUUUCUGCUUUAUUACACACUUAACAAGCAGACACGAAACAGGAUGUUUGUGGCCAUAGUCGCUGUGUUCUCCAGAUUCCUCAGGACUACAGUUCCUAUGUUUUUCGUUAUAAUGUGCAUGUACUUGCUGCCCCUAAUUGCGUCUGGCCCGGAUUCCAACGGAUUUCACACGAAGUUUUACCGAGAAAUAAAGAGGCAUUGGUGGGAUCUCUUGCUUCAACUGCGCAACUGGAGGCAGGACAUAGCAUUUUCGACGCUUCAGCAUGUAUGGUACAUUUCGGCAGAUUUCCAGCUGUUUCUCCUUUCAGUCGUCAUCAUCCAAGUAUUCAAAAACAAAAAGUGGUGGGCUGCCUGCAUUUUUGCUGUGCUGUCCGUUGUGUCAUGUGGCAUUUCGGCUUGGCAAGUACACGGUAACCACAUCCCACCUUUCAUGGUACCAGUCGCAGAGGAGCUAAGCACUGUUAUCGAUACCCUGAACGACUACUACGUUCUUCCCUUCUACCAUGCCGUAUGCUUCUUUGCGGGAUGCAUCACACUGCUCCUCGUUGAAAAAUACAGGGAAGUGAGAAUCUCGAAGUUGGUCCAAGCUUCUUUGUGGUGCAUCGGCCUCUCUUGCGGAUUCUAUGAUCUGUUUAUGAAGAUCGACUGGUACCGAUCCAGAGACCCCACUUCAGAAACCGGCAAGGUCUUCUUCGCGUUCUCGGACAGGAUGGUGUGGUCCGUCUGCCUUGCAUGGAUCACGUUCGCCUGCUCGACCGGUAGAGGCGGUAUUCUGAAUCGCUUCCUCUCCUGGGAUGGCUUUGUGCCUCUGAGCAGACUCUCGUUCGGCGUCUACCUCAUACACUUCCCGUUCUACCUCUUCACGUAUCAUAUUGCUAGGGAACGGGUCUUUUUCUCCCACUUCACACUGGUGUCUCAGUGCUUCUCAGUUCUCGUCUGGAGUCACCUGCUCAGCUACUUCAUGUUCAUUGCUUGCGAGGCACCCACGGACCAUCUGAGGAAGCUACUUUUCAUGCGGGAGCGAAACAGCGCUGUGAAGACGGCACCGGGGCCGGAGGAGCAUGUGCAAGCAGAGCGCAUUGAAGACGGGUUCAACGGCAGGUACGGAAACGUAGUCGUCAAAGCUAACACCCCACACCAGAAGCCGAACUCUUUCAACAUCUUGUCCUACAGUCUGUAG